AUGGCCGACGGCAAUGUCGAAGAAGCUUUUCGUACAAGCAACGAGCCGGAGAAGAAUCGCGUAGAUCUUGAAAUAGAGGAUACAGAUGAAGAUGACGAGAACUACCACCCGAUCGAGCAAGUCCGGCUGACGGUGCCGCCGACGGACGAUCCGUCCCUGCCGGCGUUGACUUUCCGGACAUGGUUUCUCGGCCUACUUUCGUGCGUUUUGCUCUCAUUUCUGAACCAAUUUUUCGGUUACCGUCAAAACAAUAUAUCGAUCUCCGCCGUGGCGGCGCAGAUAAUUACGCUGGCGAUGGGGAAUUUCAUGGCUAGGGUUCUGCCGGAGAAGAAAUUCACGGUGCCGGUGACGAAGUGGAAGUUUUCGUUAAACCCUGGUCCGUUUAAUCUGAAGGAGCAUGUGUUGAUCACCAUAUUCGCCAACUGCGGCGCGUCGGGAGUUUACGCCCUCAGCAUUGUGACGAUUGUCAAGGCUUUCUACCACCGCCAGCUCCACCCCUUCGCCGCCUGGUUGUUAGCUCAAACUACGCAGGUACACUCUCUCUCUCUCUCUCUCACGUACGGCCCGAAAGGAGGCCUAUCGAGGCUCCAAUUCUUCCUCAUAGUCUUCGUGUCGAGCUUCGCGUACUACAUAAUCCCGGCCUAUUUCUUCCCAUCAAUCUCCGCGAUUUCCGUACUCUGCCUAAUCUGGAAAGAUUCCAUAUUCCCCCAGCAACUCGGGUCGGGUCUCCACGGCAUGGGCAUCGGUUCCUUCUCCCUCGACUGGUCCGCAGUGGUCAGCUUCAUAGGAAAUCCCAUUUCUACCCCUGCAUUCGCCAUAGUCAACGUCCUCGUCGGAUUCUUCCUCGUCAUGUACGUCAUGACCCCGUUGACUUACUACAACAACGUCUACAGUGCAAAGAAAUUCCCCAUCUUUUCGCCCCACACGUUUGACCAAAACGGUCAGACUUAUAACAUCUCUCGUGUUUUGAACUCGGAGAGCUUCGAUCUUAAUAUGGCCGGUUACGAAGGUUAUAGUAAAUUGUAUCUCAGCGUUUUGUUCGCCUUCACUUACGGCCUCGGUUUCGCCUCGCUGGCGGCCACCAUCACGCAUGUCGGGCUUUAUCAUGGAAAAACAAUUUGGUCUUUGUGGAGCAAAGCGAAGCGCAACCUGCACGGAAAACAGGACGUGCACACAAGAAUAAUGAAGAAGAAUUACGAAACGGUCCCCAACUGGUGGUUCUACGCCAUUCUUGUACUAGUGUUUUGCCUUUCGUUGUACGCCAUUGAAGGUUUUAACAGGCAGCUUCAACUCCCGUGGUGGGGCCUCGUAAUGGCCUGCGGAAUGGCUCUCUUCUUCACUUUACCCGUAGGCAUUAUUCAAGCCACAACGAACCAGCAAAUAGGGUUGAACAUAAUCACCGAAAUGGUCAUAGGUUACGUUUACCCGGGGAGACCUCUAGCGAACGUAGCUUUCAAGACAUACGGCUACAUAAGCAUGACGCAAGCACUUAGUUUCAUAAGUGACUUCAAAUUAGGACACUACAUGAAAAUCCCUCCAAAAUCCAUGUUCUUAGUACAGUUAGUGGGAACACUAGUAGCGUCGUCUGUCUACUUCAGUACAGCUUGGUGGCUGCUAACAACGGUGGAACACAUAUGCGAUAAGACUAAAUUACCCCUCGGGUCCCCCUGGACUUGCCCGGGUGACGAAGUGUUCUACAACGCUUCGAUAAUAUGGGGUGUGAUAGGACCAAUGAGAAUGUUCACUAGCAAGGGCGUUUAUGGAAAUUUGAACUGGUGGUUCUUGGCAGGCGGUUUGGCCCCCAUACCAGCCUACCUCCUCGGCCGGAAAUAUCCGGACAAGAAGUGGAUUCGGUUGAUAAACGUGCCACUUAUACUGGGUGCCACCAUGAGUAUGCCGCCAGCUAGGGCAGUGAAUUAUAUUAUGUGGGGAGUUGUUGGGAUUUAUUUCAAUAUGUAUUUGUUUAGAGUGCACAAGAAAUGGUGGGCUAGAAACGCUUACGUAUUGGCGGCUGCGCUGAACGCCGGAAUCGCGUUCUUGGCUGUGCUCCUCUACUUCACGCUGCAGUCGUACGAUGUGGCGGGCCCCGAUUGGUGGGGGUUGGAUAAUGACGAUCAUUGCCCUUUGGCCUCGUGUCCCACUGCUCCUGGGGUGGUGGUCGAAGGUUGCCCUGUUUUCUAAUGUCAUGAUUAAGAAGAAGAAAAAAAACUUUUUUAUUAGUAGUUUUACAUCAUUGUAAAUAUCUGCAAGAUUCGAUUUUUAGGGUUUGUGCUGGAUGAUUAUUGAUGAAUUUGAACAAUUGGACAGUGAUUCGAACAAGAUUCGAUACUUUUGUACAGGUUUCAUGUUCCGACUCGAACGUGAUUAAAAUAACCGAAAUUAAAUUUGAUCAAAACGCAGGUACUUGUGAUUUAUAAAUUAUAAUCAACAACCCAAAGAAGGAAGUUCGAGAAACACAAGUGGAAAAGUCGAUCAUAUGCCGGAUUAUAAUACGAAAUUAGAAGUCUCGUUCGGAAUGUAACAUUAAACCACAAAAGAGAGAUUUUUUUAACUAAUAUUCAAAAAUUCUAUGCCACAUAUAAAUAAA